GAUCAGUUGGUUUCUUUUUCACCACAUCUUAGAACAUAAUGUUUCUAAUCUCUGAUUUACUACUGGAAACUCCGAAGACAGUUGUCGCUGUUGUUCUCGGUUGAUUAAGGAGUUUUUAGAGUUUGUGAGUAAUUAGGAUUAUUGGGUUUGUUUAUUACUCGACUUUGCAGGCUAAAGUAUUUCAGGGAAAGAGCUAUACAAGAUGGAAAAGAAACAGCAAAUUGACUGAUCUAUCACCAGUUUCACGUCUACAAGGUGUUUGACCAAAAGUCCCAUAAGAAACAUUAGUGACUGGCUCAUGAAUUGCCCUGAAAAUGAGCUUUAACAGACGUUUUACGUUCAACUGAUUGGUGUAUAUAAUGCUCAUAGACCAACAAAACAGUGGUAUGUCUCAUUUGCUUCUUUGGAUUAAGUUCAAUUCAAAAAAGAGUGAAAAUAAUUUGGAUUGACGAGAGAAAUUAAGAUGGUCUACUUAUAAGUAGCGUGGGUCUUUCUCGAAUCUUUGGGUGUUGAUUAUCAAUGCAUGCAAUAAAUGUCUGGGGAUAGUUAUGUAGUCAGGUGAUGGCUUGGUUGGCUAAUUUGACGGUGAAAAUAGUUGGUUUGUGUGUGCCGCCAAGAGAUAAAAAUAAAGAAUGAAGUGAAUGAUGGUGGGUUUGGUGGGAGUGGGAGGAAAUACGAGAAGGAUGCAAGAGCAGGCUGGUCAGAAAAACAUUAAAAGAACAACAUUACCAAAAUACCUUUCUGAGAUUUCUGGCUGUUGCUUCCACUGUCAUAAACAUGAGGAAGAAUUACAGCAAGUGAGAAAAAAACAUGAAGAGGAAUUAAAGCAAUUGAGAGACAAAUAUGAUGAUGAACUGGAUAGUAUCAGAAAGGAACUUUCUCAAUUGGGUCAAGAACUUGGAAGAUUUGAAAGCCCAAGGAAAAAGUCUAAGAUCGACGCUGAUGUAUCCAAGAAGUCUUCAAAGGGGUGGAGGAGAUUAGGUCCAUUUAAAAGUAAUUCUCAUAAGAAGCAGGAAAAGGAUAAGGGGUUGAAUCAACUAGCUAUUAAAGAUGUUACUCCUCGAGGUUUAGCCAACACAGGGAAUCUAUGUUUUGUAAAUGCGACAAUGCAGGCUCUGCUCUCUUGUUCUGCAUUUGUUUAUCAUCUGCGGAAGUUGUGUACUUAUUCAAUUUCAGAGGCUGAGUACCCUACGCUUCGUGCAAUAUGUGAUUUUAUACCUCAUUUUGAGGCUGAUGCAAGCUCAAAGGCAUUUACUCCUAGUAUGCUUAAGCACCCUGUGGUAGAAUUCUCCCCUCCUGUACCACAAAUUCAGGAAGAUGCUGGAGAGUUUCUAGCUUUCCUUAUGGACAAAACAGAUACUGAAUUUCGCAAGUGGGUAACACUCUGUGGCAAUGAUGGAAAGAAAUCGUUUUUCUCUUGGAGAAAGGGAAAAAACAGUACUGAUGCUCCGUUCGCUUCAUUAAGAAUCACAGAAAUGUUUGAAGGGCAAGAGAUUAUCAUUACAAAGGUUCCAGGGGAGAUAGAUACCUUCCUCUUGCUCCAUCUGAGCAUCUUAACAGAAAAUGAUUCUAUUGAGAAAGCAUUGGUUCGUCGUUUUUCUGCCUCGGAACUUAUCUUAUCUGCAGAGGUUGAGAAGACUGCGACUGAAAUGAGAAAGAUUUCAGUUCCUCCUAAGAUUUUGGUUUUGCUACUUUUGAGGUUUCACUUUGAUGUAAAAACUGGUAUCUCCAGCAAACUCGAUAAGCAUGUGAGAUUUGGACUAGACGUAGUUAUUGAUCGUGACUUAUUGGUUGACACUUAUCCGUUGGAUGAGUGUCUGAGUUGCAAAUUAAUUGCGACUAUCACUCAUCUAGGAGAAUCCUGUUCAACAGGGCAUUAUUAUGCGGAUCGAUAUUGCUCAGAUAAACAGUGGUGAAGAUUUCAUGAUCAUAAGGUCACUGAUCUGACAGAAGAUGAAGUUUUAUGCAGUCCAGCUUAUAUUUUAUUUUAUGAACAAGUUUAGAUUACCUUGGUUGUUUAUGUGGUCAAGCUCAGAUUGCUUGCCUUCAUUUUGGUGAUAGUCUUUGAGUCCUAAAAACCACAAAAUACCCCUCUUUUUUAGUCAAAUCAUUAUAACUCUUUAUAUAUCUUAUAAUACCCCUCUAUCUUUCCCUUCUA